AUGGAUAUUGAGUUGACAAUUAAACAGUUGAAUAAAAGACAAACAAAUAGAGCAAAUCCAUUGUCUGAUCAAAAAUUAGAUGCAGAAACGUACUAUAAAAUAACUGUUUUUAUACCAUACGUUGAUUAUUUCAUAACUGAAUUGAAAAAGAGAUUUUUAGCACACUCAGAUAUUUUUAAAGGGCGCAAAUUAAGCAGAUCUAAUUAUGUUCCGAAAUCAGCUCUUCAAGCUCUAACUGAAUGUGAUGCCAGUAUAUUUCCUAAUAUAUUUAUAAUAAUCAAAAUUGUAUGUACAUUGCCUGUCUCUACCACCACACCUGAGCGGAUGUUUUCUUCUCUUAAAAGAAUAAAGACUUAUUUAAGAAAUACCAUGUCUAAAGAUCGAUUGAAUGGAUUAACCAUGUUAGCUGUCCACAAAAAUGUACACAUUGACACAGAGGAAAUAAUUAAUGAAUUAGCUAAAAAACCAAGAAAAUUGGAUCUUAUUUUAUAAAUUAUAGUGUUAUACAUGUUUUCAUUUUUUAUUUUGAAGUACUAUUUUUUUUUAAAUGUUUAAGUAUUAAGCACAAUAUAUUUUUUUAAAUUUCUAUUGCUUAUUUUAUUUAUGGUGGGGGGGAUACCAAACAAGAGUGGUGGGGAGAUAAAUUGUAUACGAUGUAC